CUCCCUUGGAUUGGAUUGGACUGUUUUUUUCCCCCAAUCAUCGAUUCGUCAAUCGUCUUGUUUCUCUUUGCCCUCCCUCCCUAUAUCUUCGGCUUCGCCAUGUCUAUAUAUUUAUGUACAUGACCCCCCAAAAAAAAUCUUCGCCGUCAUUAUCAUCUCUAGCUCUCGUCUUGUUCGUCCUCCUUGGAAGGAAGCAGCAAUUUGUUGCUCACCUCCACACGGCCUGCUUAUUAUUUUUAGCAAAAAGCAGGCACAGGCAGGAGAAGAGAGGAGAGGGGGCGACGAGGGCAACGCAUCAAAUCGAUAGAUCAAUCAGUGCUGCUCCUGCUCGUCGUGGUCAGCCGCCAGCGACGAACGAACGAGCAAAAGGCCGGCUGAUUUGCUCUCUCUCUCUCUCUCUCUCUCUCUCUCUCUCUGCUCUGCUAGUGGCGCCGAAUCAAUCAAUCAAUUUCAAUCACAAAGUUAAGUUGGAAUUUUGAUUGCUCCAUAUAUAAACUCAAUUCGUCGUCCACACGACAUUAAUUGGAUCGGAAUCGGAAUCGGACCACCCACCAUCAGAAAGCAAAGCAGAGGAAGGCAGUCCAUUCAAGAUUGGAAGGCAGUCCAGUCCAGUCCAGAUUGGAUUAUUAUUAGAUUCCCUUAUUAUCUUCGCUUCCUGACUGGAGUACUCGUCGCGAGAGAGAGAGAGAGAGAGAAAGGCAAGCAGCAGCAUCCGCAGGCCAAAGAAGAGAAGAGAAGCAAAGCAAUGGAUGCCGCCUCUGCCUCCGCCUCCGCUUCCUCGUCCUUCACCUGCGACGCAGAGGACCUGCCCCUGCGCCUGCAAUUCUUCGACGACGACGACGACGACGGCCAAGACCAUCACAGCGACAGGGUGCCCCUCCUCCUGCCCAUCAAGAUUAUGGACGCCGCCGACGAGAAGGGAGAGACGCCCCAAAUCUCCGAGGAUACCGCCCACCAGAUUGGCGUUGAUCCUUGGUAUCAAGUUGGCUUCGUCCUCACAACCGGGGUCAACAGUGCAUAUGUUCUAGGAUACUCUGGAUCGAUUAUGGUCCCUUUAGGCUGGAUCGGCGGCACAUGCGGCCUCCUCCUAGCUGCCGCCGUUUCCAUGUAUGCUAAUGCUCUUCUUGCACGGCUUCAUGAAGUCGGUGGCAAGCGCCAUAUCAGAUACAGAGAUCUUGCUGGACACAUAUAUGGACGAAAAAUUUAUGGGCUUACAUGGGCUCUGCAGUACAUUAACCUUUUCAUGAUCAACACUGGUUUUAUCAUCUUAGCUGGACAAGCUCUCAAGGCAACAUAUGGACUCUUUAGUGAUGCUGGAGUUCUGAAACUCCCUUACUGCAUUGCAAUAUCAGGAUUCGUUUGUGCUCUUUUUGCCUUUGGAAUCCCUUAUUUAUCUGCCCUCAGGAUUUGGUUGGGAUUCUCCACGCUUUUCAGCCUCAUCUAUAUUGUGAUAGCAUUUGUGCUGUCAUUGAGAGAUGGGAUAACCUCGCCUGCGAGGGAUUAUAGUAUUCCCAAAUCAUCAGGUUCAACUCAUGUCUUCACUACGAUAGGUGCCGUAGCAGACCUUGUGUUUGCUUACAACACUGGUAUGCUGCCAGAAAUUCAGGCAACCAUAAGGCCUCCUGUGGUCAAGAACAUGGAGAAAGCUCUAUGGUUCCAGUUCACCGUUGGCUCCUUGCCUCUCUAUGCUGUAAUAUUUAUGGGUUACUGGGCUUAUGGUUCCUCAACAUCAAGUUAUCUGCUAAACAGUGUCACAGGCCCAGUUUGGGUAAAAGCCGUUGCAAAUCUGUCGGCAUUUUUUCAGACAGUCAUAGCGCUGCACAUAUUUGCUAGCCCAAUGUAUGAAUACCUGGACACAAAAUAUGGAAGUGGGCGUGGUGGUCCUUUUGAAAUCCAAAACCUAGCGUUCAGGGUAGUAGUAAGAGGAGGCUACUUGACGGUGAACACGCUGGUGGCGGCGGUGCUCCCAUUCCUCGGUGACUUCAUGAGCCUGACGGGCGCCCUGAGCACCUUCCCACUGACGUUUGUGCUCGCAAAUCACAUGUACCUGAUGGUGAAGGGGCCUAAGCUGUCUGCCAUCCAGAAAUUAUGGCACUGGCUGAAUGUUGUUGGGUUCACUGCGUUGGCUGUUGCGGCGGCGGUCUCGGCAAUAAGGCUCAUCAUGCGUGAUUCCAGCACCUACCACUUCUUCGCUGAUGUUUGAGCUUGAGGCCACGUACGAUCAGUGAAAUAUUCAAUUCUAGCUUGUUUCCUUUAUGUUUUUGGAAAGGGAGGGCAGAUAGCAGGGUGGGUAGCUACCAGCAGCAGUAGUUGAUUUGUGAUGGAAACGGUAAAUUGUAUCCGAGCAAUAAAAUCAAGGCCAAAUGUGCUGAGCCAGAGCUAGUAUUAUUUAUACACAUCUAGAUCUCUUCUCUUUGGUUGUCUUGUAUCUUCAAAUUCAUCAGUAUGAUUGUAUAUGCUGAGCCAGAGCUAGUAUAUAUUUCAGAGAAUUAUAUA